AUGCACCCUCCUUCCGGCAUUCCUCAGUGGCCUCCACAACGAGCGACCAGCCCUUUUGCAGCACCUGUUGGAGGUGCUGCUGUGGCCUGCCUGAACGAUGAGUUGGCCACCAAAACAGCCGAGAUCACCAUCUUGCGGAGCCGCUUGCAAGCUUUCGAGCGUGAGAACACGCGCUUGGAGAAUGAGCUGGCUACUGCAAGGGAUGCGGGCCCUGCCUCCAAGCAGUCCCAGCAGCGCCAGGUCGAGCUUGAACGCGUCCAUGGCGAGCUGCAGUAUGCCCGGCAAGAUCUCAUUUCGUCGGAGGAUGAGCGGAAGAGGUUGAAGUUGACUGUACAGAAGAUGCAGCAGGAAAUGGACCACUUGAAGGCACAGCCUGUUGUCGAGAAGCCUGUUCCCAUGGCACUUCCUCCGGAGGAGCCAAGACCCGCACCGAAGCCUCGCCCCGAGCCAUCAGGGCCAUCACGCAAUGAGCACAAUGUGGCGUCUGCGGAUCGUCCUCUGCAAGAGCAUCGCAGCUGUGACGAUCCGAUGAACGAAGACACGAUGAGGCAGCACAUAGCAAUUCUGCUGGGGCUUGCCGAGCGCUGGGAUGGCCAAAUCAAGCAGCGGCUUACACUGCAGGCAGGCGUCACCAACUUUCCCAACAAGGCUCAGUCAGCUGCUGAUGCUGCAGUUGAGCUGCUGCAGGAAGGGCUGCAUCGACGCCAAUGGUGCGCGCUUACUGCAGGAUCCAUUUUCUUGAAGCAUUGGUUUGGACUAUUCCCACUGCACGCAUCAGAAAUCGCGGCCAGCGCAGCCCAAGAGGCAAAGUCGGCUCUCUUCGGCGCAUUGGCUGCCGUGCUGCACUCAGCCGUCCUUGAUCCGGCAACUACACAGUGCGAGGAAGAAGAAGCCCUUGAGCGGGAGGCCUGCGCGAUCGAAGUUCUGGCAGCCCUGCAGGAGAUAGCUUCCAAGCUCUCAGGGGCCUUGUUGACAGCGCUGUCACCUGUACUGCAGCAACCUUCGCUGUUGGCCUUGCUUUGUGAAGAUCCAGCCCCAGACACACUUCAUUUGCAGACCUUGCGAUUGCUGGAAGCUUUGAUGGGGAGUCCAGACUUGUUCACCCUCGCCCAUCAGGCUGAGACUGAUGAGAAUGUGCUGCUGGCCGUGGCUAACGCUCUCCUCAUUCCUUCAAUACCACCACAGAGACAGAAGAAGCUCGAGGCUCCCUGCGAGGACACAGUGUCGCAUCAAAACUGCAGGGUGGCGGCCCUGGAGCUUUUGCUUCGUUGCCUGGCCACGGCACCCAGCCCAGACUUCGUGCUGCAGCUCCGAGGGGCAGCCGAAGGUGAGGAGGUGGACACAGUGCUGCAGAGAGUGGUACUGCUGUGCCACCACGAAUUGCUGUGCAUGAAGCUAGGAGCACGCAGCGAACAGAGGACAAAGGCUGCCGAGUUGUCCCUCUUCAUUCUUUCCAGCUGGCUUUGGCACGCGGUCCCUCAGCCGCUGAGCCUCUCACCGCAAGAGAGCCGGGAGCUGUGCUUGAAACAAUGCGAUCAGUUGGGUAGAACAAGGAUCCUCCUUGAGUCCGUUGUAGAGAUGGUACAGACCCUAGGUGCGGAUGAGUGCUUCAAGUCUUUCCUCAGCAGCACCUCCGCCUUGCGUAUGAUUAUCCCCUUUGUGGAUGGCGAGGAGGGGGCGCCUCCCUCUGGUGCUGCAAGCUCUGGCUCAGCCACACGCACGCGCAGCAAGGACGGCCCAUCUGCAGCUGUGAUGGUGACCUGA